GAGAUAUCUUCUCAUCCCACAUCAAACACUGGAGUAAUGAAUAUAAGUGUUUGUUCGAAAAUCUGAUUACCUGUCUGGAGCGACAAGUCAGGUUCACCGAGUUAACAAUGGCGCAUGACGAAAUGUCUUUAGUACACAAUCGAGAUGACAUGGCUUAUGUCAAUGGCCCAGGCGGAUCUGCGGAACCUGAGGAGUAUCAGGAAUUCUACGAGACAGCUAAAAUCGUGACAGGUCUAUUCUGUUACCCCAUUGUGUGUCUUGUGGGCUUGUCCGGGAACAUCCUUACACUCGUUGUUCUCUGUCAGCGGAACAUGGCAACCACUACCAACACAUUUCUCACAGCUCUCGCCGUGGCUGACACCAUCAAACUUCUCAAUGACGUGCUUUACUUCGGAGUGACGCUUCUGGAGAAAUUGGAUCCGGAGAAAGGAAAAGAGACUCUGGCGCACCUGUAUCCCUUCGCUCAUUACGUGUUCAACAUGUCGGUAUGUGUGAGCGCCUGGCUGACGGUUUCUGUAGCUGUCGAACGUUACAUUUACGUUUGUCAUCCUGUGCGCGCGAGAGAGAUCUGUACGAUAGACCGUGCCCGGAAAACCAGUCUGUGCGUGUUCACGUUCAUGGUUCUUGUCAGUCUGCCAUCAGCUUUAAGAUACGAAACAGUUGUUGAGCUGGAUCCUGACACCAAUCAAACCACCUACAACGUUCAGCCUAGCUACAUUGGUGUUUCGCAUUCGUAUAAAGUGUACUUUUGGCUCCAGAACUUCCUACGAUCCGUGAUACCUUUGCUUAUUCUCAUUUGCCUUAACACCUGCAUAAUUCUUAGCCUGCGGCAGACUCGCGUUCAGGGCCGAGCCGUGUCGGGUAGAAAUCGAAUCACGUGGAUGCUCAUCGCCAUUGUCUUUGUGUUUCUUAUCUGUAUCACGCCGGACGCCAUCAUGUCCAUGUUUUUCGGCUUCGGUUACUACGAAGACACGAACUUGGUGAAAGGAGUUCGAGAAAUAACGGAUUUACUCAUACAAGUGAAUUCUGCUGUGAAUUUCAUUAUCUACUGUUCCAUGAGCAGGGCGUUUAGAGACACGUUCAUGGUGAUGUUCUGCUGCCGACCUUUACCAAUCAGUACUUUUCACACCGAAUAUCAAAGCACAAUGCGAUCAUCUGUGCGAAGACCCAUAGUAAGGGCAAACAAUGAUGGUGCUUUUGUGUAAGCAUCUAUGUACAUAUUUAUUCCAGAUCAGUUUUGGAGCUACAACGGUGACAAAUGUGAAACACCCGGUAUUUAAU